GGUGUUUGAACAAAUUUCAAAUUUAAUUCAGUGCUCACUUUCGCUUGCAACGGUUCGUGUGAUUUUUUCUCUUUUUUAUUUUAAAUUUGUCUUUUUAAAAUUAUAUUUCAUAAUAAUACUUCAAAAACAUACAAAAAAUAGAACGUUUCCGUUUCAUAGUUAAAAGGGUGUAUCUGUAAUUCAAAAAAAGUCGAAACUCUUUAUUAUUACAACAAAAUUAAAAUACUCUUAAACGUAAUCAAUUCAAUUAAAAUAAAUAGUUUUGAAAAUUAAUUGAAAAUAGCAAAACAAAUAAAAAAAUGAAAGUCUUUUGCGCUGUUAUUGUUGCUUUAUUUGUGGUCGUAGCCAGUGUUUGGGCUGCUGGCGAGAAGGAUAAAGCCACCGCCACCUCCACAUCCACCGAAGGUGAAAUCAAAAUCUAUAAACGACUCAUUCCAGCUGAUGUGCUUAGAGAUUUCCCUGGCAUGUGCUUUGCAUCUACCCGCUGCGCAACUGUUGAACCUGGUAAAACAUGGGAUUUGACACCUUUCUGUGGUCGCUCAACCUGUGUACAAAACGAAGAAGAUCCAUCCAAAUUAUUGGAGUUGGUUGAGGAUUGUGGACCAUUGCCUUUGGCCAAUGACAAAUGCAAACUGGAUACAGAAAAGACUAACAAAACCGCUCCCUUCCCAUACUGCUGUCCCACCUUUACUUGUGAACCUGGUGUAAAAUUGGAAUAUCCCGAUAUACCCAAAGAGGAACCAAGCAAAAAGGAAUAAUUUCAAGAGUUCGUUUAAUCAUCUAUAAAUUUCGUUUACAGUUGUACAUUGAAAAUCGUUUUUGCAGUAUAUAUACACUUGUAUCUAAUUUCCUAUCACAUUUCCUUUAUAUGCUUUUAAUCUAUUUUGUAUGUAUUUUUUACCUCAAAUGGAUUUAAGACCUUAUAUACUAGAAGUUGUAUGUAAUUAAGACCUAAGAAAAUAAUAAAAUGUAAACACGUGUACAUAUAUUUUUGCCCAAUUUAUAACAAAA